AUGAAGAAGUGUGAGCUAUGCAAGAAUCCAGCAAGAACAUACUGUGAAUCAGACCAAGCAAGUCUUUGUUGGAACUGUGAUACAAAAGUCCAUGGAGCCAACUUUCUUGUUGCUAGACAUACUCGUUCUCUUCUUUGUCAAUCUUGCCAAUCUUUAACUCCUUGGAAAGCCUCUGGGGCUAAACUAGGGCACACUGUGUCUGUAUGUGAAAGAUGUAUGAUUUCAAAUGACAAUCACAAUAGAGAAUUGCAAGAACAAGAAGACAAUGACAGUUCAGAUGAUAUAGACGAAGAUAGCACUAGCGAUAGCGAUAGCGAUAGUGAUCAUGGUAAUGAUGGUGGUGGAGGUGGUGAUGAUGACGGUGGUGAUGGUGAUAAUCAGGUGGUGCCUUGGUCACCAACAACGAUAGGAACACCUCCACCGCCAGCUGAUAGCGGAAGCUCUUCCUGUUCUUGCACUGGUAGUGAUGAUAGUGAUGGAGAUUUUGUCGAGUCUUCUAAUGUUGUUUCCUUCAAAAGACAGCGUCUCCAGGAUGAUCUCAACCGUUCAUAUGCUAUACGGAUGUACGGGAACUCAGCUACUCAUGUGGACUGUUGCCAUUCUCCUGUGAGGUCUUUGAAACAGAAGAGAAAGGAACUGGACCGGACGCGUAGGAAAAUGCAGCUUAUGUCUCCACCUUGA